AUGGCUGCGAAUACCACCCCACCGGCGUCGCCGCCGUCUCCAUCUGCUUCAUUCUACGAUGUGAGCGACGACGAAGAAGGGGAUUAUAAUACUGUUACUCAUACCAGCACUGGCAAAGGCGUGAGGCUGCUCUAUUCCAAGAGUAAGGUCUACGUUCAUCCAACGGCAUCUUCAAAGGAUAAUAUACCCGGUUUUAUUGCCCUGGUUCAGCAAAAGCCUGCUCCAUCUGCUCCGCGUGAGAGUACUUCGUCCUCUUCUCCCUCCUUGGAUAAAACCGUUGAUCCGUCAUCGCUUUUACUCUCUUGGGUACCUGAGGCAUCUCUCGGGGAUGAGCGGGAUGUCUACGUUAAAGUAGACCUAUCAGACGAUAACUCUCCCCCACGGACAUCCUACUUGGUCCCUCCACUACCUACAACUCUUAGUAGUGCUGGUCCUAUUGGAUCUUAUGCAUUUGCUAUCCCAUUGUCACGUAUAUACUCACUUUUGGUCCGACCACCCAGUCUAGGGUGGUGGUUUGGUAGCGUGGUUAUCAACACAAAGGCAGGAGAUAGUUUUCCUGCACUAUUCUUCCAUGAUAGUGAAUGCGAAUCUACCAUACUGCAAAAGAAGAAACGGACAAAGGAAAAUUUCGACCCCUUCGCCGAUGAUGGAAGCAUGUUCUGGGGUGGCGACGAAGUACUCCGAUGGUUACGGAGAUACGUGGACGUUCACCGCUCAGGGGAGGAUCCGAGUGCCUACCUUAUUAACCCAACUGAGGAAGACAAAACAGCUUUUGGACAAGCUAAGGGCAAGUUGGAAAAUUCUAGCGGCCAACCCGGUUCCAGCAAACCUCCUAAAGAUGCAACAAUGGACCCAUUCACAAAAGCUCUUAAGGAAACAAGGUGGAUGGUCCUUGAGCAAUUUAGCAAAAUCACAACUUUCACUCGCAGAACUGCUCAAGAUAUUGCGGAUAACCCCCGACUACCUCCCCAAGUAAGGCGACUCAUGAGAAACCCAGAAGUUCAAACAUUACAAGACGAGUUUGACAGUGCCAGACUAUAUCUUGCUCGUUGGGCGAUGGGUAUUGCAGAACAGAGCGAACGUGAGCGCAACCAACGAAUAUGGACAGCAAAUGAUGUUCUGGCCAUGGAGAAUAGCUCCGUUGGAGAGUUCGAAAUUCUGGAUAUGGAAGCUGCCCAGAUGAGUAUCAGCGAUAAGCGAAAAAUAGUUACUUUGGAAGAGUGGAAUGGAUGGUUCCACAAAACCACUGGAAAACUCCAAAUCACCGUUGAGGAAGCCAAGGAGCGUAUCUUCCAUGGCGGCCUUGAACCAAACGAUGGCGUUCGAAAAGAGGCAUGGCUAUUCCUUCUAGGGUUUUAUGACUGGGAUAGUAGUGAAGAUGAACGAAAAGCCGUCAUGAAUUCACGACGAGAUGAAUAUAUCCGCUUGAAAGGUGCUUGGUGGGAGCGUAUGAUUGAUGGGGCUUCCACACCUAAAGAGCAGGAAUGGUUUAGGGAGCAAAAGAAUAGAAUAGAUCGUCAUAUUCCCCUUUUUGCCGGGGAGGACACACCUCAUCCAGAUCCAGAUUCACCGUUUGCUGAAACUGGGACAAACGUCCACCUUGAACAGAUGAAAGAUAUGUUGCUCACCUACAAUGAGUACAACACAGAACUUGGGUAUGUACAAGGUAUGAGUGAUCUUCUUAGCCCGAUCUAUGCCGUGAUGCAAGACGAUGCGAUUGCAUUUUGGGGUUUCGUUGGGUUCAUGAACCGAAUGUUAUUGACCCUUGACCAACUCCUUCAACUCAUGGACCCAAAGCUUUACCUGCAUCUUCAGAAAGCUGAGAGCACCAACUUCUUCUUUUUCUUCCGCAUGCUCCUAGUUUGGUUUAAAAGAGAAUUCGAAUGGGUUGAUUGUCUCAGGCUCUGGGAAGCACUAUGGACAGACCAUCUGUCUAGUAAUUUCCAUAUUUUCGUCGCUUUGGCUAUACUAGAGAAGCACCGUGACGUUAUUAUGGCGCACCUUCAUCACUUCGAUGAGGUCUUAAAAUACGUUAAUGAAUUAUCAAAUACAAUUGACCUGAUACCAACAUUGAGUAGAGCGGAGGCCUUAUUUCAUCGGUUUGAGAAGAAAGUUGAAGCUAUCGACAAGAAGUACAACUUUCCACAGGCACCUGUUCGUCAGCGGACAACACGUCCAACAUCUCAGGCCAAUACCACUGCAUCACCCGCUAGAGAUAGUUCUGCCACAGCUACUGGAGCUAGCCCAUCAGGCGGCACAGGAGCAAAACCUUCCAACAGGCCCAAUACGAAGCCUGACUCUGAGGCUACUUCUGUCCAAAUAAUUACCCCUGACCUUCGCAAGCUGCUUAGCCGGGAGGUAGAAGUCAUGGAUGCUAAAGAGGUCCGGCAACAUGCUCUUCUUGGGGCGAAAUGA